AUGUCAAUAUAUGAUGGACUAAUCAUCCAUUUUUUCACUUCAAACAAAUUAACUAAUAUUGAGAUGACAAAUUCAGAUACUGAUCAUAAAUCAGUUGAUAACAACGACGAUGAUGCGGACAUUUUCAGAGAAGGACAUCCAGAUCCGAUAUCAACUUUGUGCGCGUCGAUUUCUGUAGGUCCACUCAUAUCUCCCAAUGAUAACAGUCAAAUGAAAAAAACAAAAUCAAAAUGGUGGAAUUAUUCGUUGUCUAGAAUGCCCAAAACGAUGAGAGCAACAGCUGGACUUAUCUUACUUGCUAUCGCAGCUAUUAUAAUCGCUGUUCCAACUGUUUGUCUCACAGAACCAAAAAAUAGCAAUGCAACCACUACCAAUGAUUCGACGACAGGCACUAUUGAUUUAUCUUCACUUCGUUGGAGUAUAAAGGCUACAAGUACCGCCGGUGUGUCAAGUCAGCCGGAUGCCGAUGCUCGGGCACUUUCUUUUUGUAUUGGUAUAACAUUUGAUGCAUCAAGUACAUUGUUCAUUGCUGAUUAUGAAAAUAAUCGCAUACAGAAAAAGAUUUCUAAUGCACCGAAUUCAACAACAAUUGUUGGUAAAGCUAAUACAAACUCAACAAACACGUCAACAACAUUGAAUCUACCGACUGAUGUAGCUGUGGAUUCAACUGGAAAUAUUUUCGUAGUUGAUAGUGCAAAUCAUCGAGUAUUAUUAUGGACUGCAAAUAAUUCAUCAUUAACGAUCGUAGCUGGGACAGGUUCCAUUGGCUCGGAAAUCAACGAAUUAAAUACGCCAUGGGGAAUUGCAUUGGAUGGAAAUGCCAAUAAAUUUUAUAUCGCAGAUCAAUACAACAAUCGGAUAAUGCAAUAUGAACUUGGAUCAUUGAGUGGAACAAUAGUUGCUGGUGGAAAUGGUGCAGGAAAAGAUACAACCCAAUUAUUUUGUCCACAUGGAAUUUAUUUUGAUUUAGCAACAAAAAGUCUCUACAUAAGUAAUUUUGCUGCGAAUAACGUUGUUCGUUGGGUCAUUGGUGAUCAUAGUUGGACACUUGUCGCUGGAAGUUUGACUGCUGAAUCUGGCAGUACAUCAACUUUACUUUAUUAUCCAUCUGAUGUUAUACUCGAUGUUUCAGGGAAUAUUUAUGUAGCUGAUACCUAUAAUCAUCGAGUUCAAUUAUUUCUUUCUGGUUCGAAAAAUGCUACGACUAUUGCUGGCACUACUGGAAUAUCAGAUUCCAGUCCACUGGCACUUAGUUAUCCAUAUUCAUUAGCGUUCGAUAAACAGUAUAAUCUUUAUGUUGCUGAUUCAGGCAAUUAUCGCGUACAAAAACUCUUGCGUUAUUAA